UGGGUCGGUAGCUGAGCGCCGGCGGCAGUGUGGGAGCGAGCGGCCGCGGAGCCCCAGCGCUGUUCUCGCGGGAUCACCCGGCGAGUCGGAGCAUCGUACAGGCCGAGCGCCGGUCCCGGAGUUAGGGCGGCGGGAGCAGCCAGCGGCAGCGGAGCAGCAGGUUCGGAGUACGCGCAGCACAGCCGAGGCGGAGGAGGACCGAGCCGGCCAUGUCGGUGGUGGGGCUGGACGUGGGCUCGCAGAGCUGCUACAUUGCGGUGGCCCGGGCCGGGGGCAUUGAGACCAUCGCCAACGAGUUUAGCGACCGGUGCACCCCGUCAGUCAUAUCAUUUGGAUCAAAAAAUAGAACAAUUGGAGUUGCAGCCAAAAAUCAGCAAAUCACUCAUGCAAACAAUACAGUGUCUAACUUUAAGAGAUUCCAUGGCCGAGCAUUCAAUGACCCCUUCAUUCAAAAGGAAAAGGAAAACUUGAGCUAUGAUUUGGUUCCAAUGAAAAAUGGUGGUGUUGGAAUAAAGGUAAUGUACAUGGAUGAAGAACAUCUAUUUAGCGUAGAGCAGAUAACAGCCAUGUUGCUGACUAAGUUAAAAGAAACUGCUGAAAACAAUCUCAAGAAACCAGUGACAGAUUGUGUCAUUUCGGUCCCCUCCUUCUUCACAGAUGCUGAGAGGAGGUCUGUACUGGAUGCUGCACAGAUUGUUGGCUUAAACUGCUUGAGACUUAUGAAUGACAUGACAGCUGUUGCUUUGAAUUAUGGAAUUUAUAAGCAAGAUCUCCCAAACCCAGAUGAGAAGCCUCGGAUAGUGGUAUUUGUUGAUAUGGGACACUCAGCUUUUCAAGUGUCUGCCUGUGCUUUUAACAAAGGAAAAUUGAAGGUUCUGGGAACAGCUUUCGAUCCCUUUUUGGGAGGAAAGAACUUUGAUGAAAAGCUAGUUGAACAUUUUUGUGCUGAGUUUAAAACCAAGUACAAGUUAGAUGCAAAAUCCAAAAUUCGAGCACUCCUUCGUCUCUAUCAGGAGUGUGAAAAAUUGAAAAAACUAAUGAGUUCUAAUAGCACGGAUCUGCCACUAAAUAUUGAGUGCUUUAUGAAUGACAAAGAUGUCUCUGGAAAGAUGAACAGGUCACAAUUCGAAGAACUAUGUGCGGAACUCCUGCAAAAAAUAGAAGUACCCCUCCAUUCAUUGAUGGAACAGAUUCAUCUCAGGAUAGAAGAUGUGAGUGCUGUAGAGAUAGUAGGAGGUGCAACAAGAAUUCCAGCUGUGAAAGAAAGAGUGGCCAAAUUCUUUGGAAAAGAUGUCAGCACCACACUGAAUGCAGACGAAGCUGUAGCCAGAGGCUGUGCACUGCAGUGUGCAAUUCUUUCUCCGGCAUUUAAAGUUAGAGAAUUUUCCGUCACAGAUGCAGUUCCUUUUCCAAUAUCUCUAGUCUGGAACCAUGAUUCAGAAGACACGGAAGGUGUUCAUGAAGUGUUUAGUCGAAACCAUGCCGCUCCUUUCUCUAAAGUUCUCACCUUCUUGAGAAGGGGACCAUUUGAACUAGAAGCUUUCUAUUCUGAUCCUCAAGGAGUCCCAUAUCCAGAAGCAAAAAUAGGCCGCUUUGUAGUUCAGAAUGUUUCUGCACAGAAAGAUGGAGAAAAAUCUAGAGUGAAAGUCAAAGUACGAGUGAACACCCAUGGCAUUUUCACCGUCUCUACUGCAUCUAUGGUAGAGAAGGUCCCAACCGAGGAGGAUGAUGUGUCUUCUCUUGAGGCAGGCAUGGAGUGUCCAAACCAGAGACCAGCGGAAAACCCAGAUGCUGAUAAAAAUAUCCAGCAAGACAACAGUGAAGCUGGAACACAGCCCCAGGUACAAACUGAUGGUCAACAAACCUCACAGUCUCCCCCUUCACCUGAACUUACCUCAGAAGAAAACAAAAUCCCAGAUGCUGACAAAGCAAAUGAAAAGAAAGUUGACCAGCCUCCAGAAGCUAAAAAGCCUAAAAUAAAGGUGGUUAAUGUUGAGCUACCUAUUGAAGCUAACUUGGUCUGGCAGUUAGGGAAAGACCUUCUUAACAUGUAUAUUGAGACAGAGGGGAAGAUGAUAAUGCAGGAUAAAUUGGAAAAAGAGAGAAAUGAUGCCAAAAACGCAGUGGAGGAGUAUGUGUAUGAGUUCAGGGACAAGCUGUGUGGACCAUAUGAAAAAUUCAUAUGUGAGCAGGAACACCAAAAAUUUUUGAGACUCCUCACAGAGACUGAAGACUGGCUCUAUGAAGAGGGCGAGGACCAGGCCAAACAAGCAUAUGUCGACAAGUUGGAAGAGUUGAUGAAAAUGGGGACUCCCGUUAAAGUCCGAUUUCAAGAAGCUGAGGAACGCCCAAAAGUGUUUGAGGAACUGGGACAGCGGCUACAGCACUAUGCCAAGAUAGCAGCAGACUUCAGAAAUAAGGAUGAGAAAUACAACCAUAUUGAUGAAUCUGAAAUGAAAAAGGUCGAGAAGUCUGUUAAUGAGGUGAUGGAGUGGAUGAAUAAUGUCAUGAAUGCUCAGGCGAAAAAGAGUCUUGAUCAGGAUCCUGUUGUACGUGCUCAAGAAAUAAAAGCAAAAAUCAAGGAUUUGAAUAAUGUUUGUGAACCUGUUGUAACUCAACCCAAACCAAAAAUUGAAUCACCCAAACUGGAGAGAACUCCAAAUGGCCCAAAUACUGACAAACAAGAAGAUGAUUUAGAAGGCAAAAAUAAUUUUGGUGCUGAAGCUCCGCAUCAGAACGGUGAAUGUUACCCUAACGCGCAGAGCUCUGUGAACAUGGACUUGGACUAGUGGUAUUAAGCUGGCUUACUCCUUCAAUGAAUGAAAUAUUUUUGCCAUAGUAUGUGAUUCUACAUAACAGACUGAGACUAUUUAUAUUUUGUUUUUUUUAAGAAUGUCUAGAAAUUUUGUGUAUUAUAUGGAAAAAAAGAAAAAGCUUAAGUCUGUAGUCUUUAUGAUCCUAAGGGGAAAAUUGCCUUGGUAACUUUCAGAUUCCUGUGGAAUUGUGAACCCAUACUGAGCUUCUGUGCAGUAUUACCAUUUGUAUCACUGAGGAUGAAUUGAUUUCUGUCUUGUGAGGAAACAAACUGUACUGCUUGUUCAAGAGGGCUGUGAAUAGCAUCUUUAAGCACUUGUUCCUGCCAAGGUAGUUUUCUUGCAUUUUGCUCUCCAUUUCAGCAUGUGUGUGGCUGUGGGUGUUUAUAAGCAAGACUAAGUCUGAAUUCAUAAGGGCUUUUGACAAUUAAUUCUGUCCAGUAGGGUGAUUUGCUUUCAUAUUAUUACAAAUUCAAUGAGUAAAACAAAAGCUAGUGAAAUGUGUUAGCAGCAUGCAAAAUAAAACUAUAAAGUUACCUCGCUAUCAGUGCAUUGUCGUGUGAAGGUGCGACAUGAAAGAACGUUGAUCCUGUUGUAACUGAUUGUGUAAACUAUGAACUUUAAAAUAAAGUUCAUUCUGGUGUUGUUUCUAAA